CAACUUUUCCUCUUCAGACAUGUCUGAUUCUGCUCCUGCAACCACCCCCAUUGCCUUGGGCGAUUUGUCCAAGUUGGCUGUUCCAACUUUGCCUGGUGUCACCGUUUCAGCUCCUAAACCUGCCGGUCUCUGGUCCUCGAACCCAGUUUUCUCCUACUUGAACGAUGUCUACAUCACAAUUAGCGAACACAGAAAGUCUCUUGGCUUGACCAACCCAGGAACCAUCGAAAACUUGAACAAGGAAGUUACUCGUGAUGUAUUUUUGAACCAAUACUUCUUUACUGGUUUAAGAGCUGACUUGAAUAAGGCCUUCUCCAUGUCUCCAGCUUUCCAAACUUCGCACACUUUGUCCAUUGGCUCCAACGUCUUGCCUCCCUACGCAUUCUCGGCUUUGUUCGCCACCGACGACUACUUUGUCCAAGGAAACAUCGACAACGAGAUGUCUUUCUCCGGUAGAAUCAACUACGGCUGGGACAAGCACAACAUUUCUAAGGUUACUUUGCAAUUGGCCCACGGCCAACCUUCCAUGAUCCAGUUGGAACAAGACUACCAGGCUAACGAUUUUUCCAUCAACUUGAAGACAUUGAAUCCCUCGUUGUUGUACGGUGGUUUCAGCGGUGUAGCUGUCGGUUCCUUGUUGCAAUCCUUGACUUCUAAAUUCGCUGUGGGUUUGGAAGCCAUGUACUCUAAGCAGGCAGGUCCAUCUCCUCCAGAAUCGGCUGUAUCAUAUGUAGCUCGUUACAAUGCUGGAAACUGGAUCGCAUCGGCUCAAGUUCAAGCCCAGGGUGCCUUCAUUGCUUCAUUCUGGAGAAAGGUCUCUGACAAAGUUGAAGCUGGUAUAGAAUCCCAAAUCGCUGCUACUUUCAAACAAGUCACCGAUCCUUUGAUGGGUACACCUAUUGGAUUUGAACCUGUUUUCGAGGGCCAGACCACUAUUGGUGCCAAGUAUGAAUACCGUUCUGCCGUUUUCAGAGGUCAAUUGGAUUCCAACGGUAAGGUCUCUGCCUUCUUGGAAAAGAGAGUUUUGCCUACUGUCUCUUUAUUGUUCUCUGGAGAAAUUGACCACUCCAAGCAACUGUCGCAGUUGGGUUUGGGCUUGCAAUUCGAGGCUGCCGGUAACGAACAGUUGAUGUUGAUGCAACAGGGCUUGGUUGACGCCAACGGAAACCCUGUGCCAGGUGCUCCACAACCAUAAAUGCCUAAAUCACCAUAAAAGCUUAAUAGACACAACAAUAAUCAUGAUGAAUCAUAUGCUGGAUUGAAUAUGAAUCUGGAAUAUCCAAUACUUACCACCCAGGGCUUCUGCUCUCAUUCUCACCAUGUUCAUACUAUAACCAUGGGUGUUCCAGGGUCGUAGUCCCAGCUUCUCAUUAUCAUUUCAAAAUUAAUACGUCUAUUUGUUUAUGAUUUUUUAAUGAUCUUGAAUGAGAAUCUUAUAUAAAAUGCACAACUUCUUUGUAUAUAUUAAUAUAAAACUUUACAGCGUAUG